AUUGUUAUUGUUUAGAGCGACCUGUUUCACUUUUAUUUAUAUUUUCUACUUUCUAUGGAAAUUUUGUAAUUAUAUUUCCGAAGUAAUACCAUAGACUUAGCUUUCUUUUAAUGUUGAAUGAUGUAUGUUUGAAAAAUAACUGAUAGUUUUAAUUAAAAAUAAGAUGAACUUUCGACUUAUUUCAUCUGUAACAAGAUUACAUGUCAGCUCAUUAUUACCGAGGAAUUUUAUGACAAAUUCAAGUCCAUUGUUCUUCAAAACUACAGAGUGUAUGUUUGCUGAACCACUCAAGAAGAAGAAAAGACUUGAUCCAGCAAUAAUAAAGCACAGAGAGGAGCGAAAGCGUAAGAAGUUAGAAAAGCAGAUACGACGGCUCGAGAGAAACGCAAGGCAGUUGAAGCCUAUCGAUGAAUUGGAAGUGCCUCUGAAACUCAUAGACCAGAAGGAGCAACGCACCAGAGUGCUCCCCCCGCUGUCGGACUCGGAGCUGGAGGAGAGGGUGCUGCUGGAGAAGGAGUGGUGUCGGUACAAGCUGUCGCAGCGCUUGAAGGACCUGCAGAUAAUAGACAGGCUCCUGUUCAGUCAACAGAAGGCUUUGAGUGAGCUGCGCAGGGAAUCUGAAGAGCUGUAUCAGGCAGCAAUCCAGAUCGACCCAAGUUUGAUUCCAUUCAAGGCGAAGGGUCCAGUGAGAACUCCUCCUAUCAAAGGAUAUGACAGCCCAGAUGGAGAAUAUGUUGAUGUGUCAAAGAAAUGGGAAUAAUAUUUCUUGAUCAGUUACACCAAAUAAUAUUUAGUUUGACUUUUUUAUCCCCCCCACCCCCACCCCUCCUGCACUAGUGGAUUUCUAUUAUGUUAUGUGUUUAUUUCAAAGGACAUACGAGUAUAAACCCUUCAAAAUUCGUUGCUAGGAAAUCCUGGAGAGUACUUUGCUGUUGCUUCAUCAUUCCCAGCAGUAAGUAGUACAUUCCAAGAUGCAGUUGUUACCAAAUGAGUCUUUGGAGUACUACUAGCAUUUAUGUAUUCUAAUUUUAAUAUUUGUAGCAUAGAAAAUAACCAUAUUGUAAGCUUAGAAUGAAAACCUUAUAUUGCAGAAAUCACAAACUGCACAGAUUUUCCUGGUUUUUUUCACUCAACAUCGUUAGCAUGUUUUCCUUUUUACCACUCCAGAGCAUAACACAUACAUUAUUAUUGUUCUUUUGGCUGACAAGUAGUUGAGAUACAAAAUUUUCUACCUAAUUAUUUGAAUAUAUGAGAUAAGAAGUAUACAUUCUAAGCCGAUGAUAUAAACGAGUGAUUACAGAACACCAACACAUGGAGGAUAGAAGUGUGAAUAGAAGGGUUAAUAAGAGGCUCAAGUUAGUAAAUUCAUCCUCAAAAAGCUCUUAUCAUGCAUAGUAAAAAGCAUGUAACUGCCAGGUAUCCAAAAGUGACAGCUUUAAGAUUGUUAAACUUUCAUGAAAUUCAUGAAAUUCUCAUCUUAUUCCCCCCCCCCCCCCCUUUUUUUUUUAUCAAUACAUGUUAUGUCUUGAAUAAUGAAUAUAUUGAGUUGGAUUGGUUUAAAUAUCAGUUAAUUGACUCAAAAUGUGCCAUAAAAAAAAAGUUUGUACUUUUCAAUCUUGUCAUUCAGUUUGUGUAUAGCCCGUCCCACUCUUAGAUUGCAGUACACGGCUUAUGGCGCGCGCUGUUGCCAAAUCUCUAACACAUUACGAAUUUCAGGAGAUGCGUGUCUUUGUAAUUUGGAUCGAACAAGAAGCAUUUUAAGAAAUCAUAUCGUAAUUUAUAAUAUUUUAUACUAUUACACAUAUAAAUUUGUAAUAAUGCCACUUUUAUGUAAAUUUCAAAUAAAAACUACCUAUUGUAGACGAAAUUUUCUUAUAGUUUUCUUUUCUGUUCUAAAAAUCCCAUAUAUAUAUAUAUAUCACAUUUUCAUGGGCCCGAUAAAUGCCGUAUUUUUGGACAAGUCAUGUCCAAAAUGAUAAAUAAAAUACGGUAAUGGAAAUUCUCGGUCGAGUAAGUAAUGGGAAAAAUCCGAACAAUUGGUUCGAAAUGGGGAAGAUUAUUUGAAAAACAGAAAAAUCGCAACAACUCCCAUAAUAUGAAUAAUAUUGAAUCCAUUUUAACGUAUGAUAACUCGGAUUACCUAAUGCCGAAAAAUGUUUUCUAAAUACAUUUUUGAUACGACCAGCCAUAACUGCAUGGGUUCGAAAAAAAUUUUCACCGGACAAAAAAACGUAACUGCCUUAGUAGACACCUUAUCAAAUCUGUUUAAAUUGUUUGUAAUAAUAUCAUAAUUAUUUUCCAAAACUUUGUCUAAAACAAUGUUUGAUAAGAUGCUUGGUGAGAAGGAUAGAAAAAUAAUUCAAAAUUUUGUACCAUGAUCGCUAUUAAAUUCCUUCGUAUUUAUUUCAUACAUUUUAAAUAUUAUGUUCAAGAAUCGAUUAUAAUAUUUUUUGUUGACUAAGGAAGCCAUGUAUUUGAAAUUGCUUGUAGGACAGAACCCCACUUAUCUAAACACACGACCCUGUUUCCUCUUACGACGGCAGCACGCGCUAUUGUACUGAUAAGACACAUCUUUAACAGCUAUUUCCACGGAAACUGUAGAAGCAAUUGAGAUGGAGCUGCUUUUAAAAACUAAUUCAAUUCAUUGUGAACAUUUUUCUCGCUUUCGUCCCCCAUCUAUCUUUAAUAGAAAAAUUUUUUUCCGCGGGUCAACUUUUUUAUGUGUCAGUUUGUGAGAAAAUGCAUUUCAAUAUAUUAAAAAAAUUAUUUAAGUGAAACCUGUACAGUUUUUGUCUUAACAGUUGUUCGGUGGCGUCCUAAGGCAUUAAUUUACUAAUAAAAAAAAUCUGAAUGAAAUACACAGGUAGGUUUUCUUUUUUUGAUGUGAAACAUAUCGGAAUACUUCAAAACAGUUUGCAGCGAAUAAGUUAUGUUUUUUAAUUUUUUCGGACACUUAAAAUGUUGUUAAGUAUUCAAAAUAAGCAUUGCCUGAUGCGUAUUUUGAUUCUAUACAAUAUGAAAAAAAGCUUGAUCCAAAAAUUAAAAUAUUAAAUAUCGUUUGAUAUUUGGCAACAACGCACGAAGAAACAAGGACAGUGCUAACGGCAAUCAGCGUGUGUUAGAGAGAGAGAGAGAGAGAGAAUGCGCCCAUUUACUUCCAUACUGCAAUCUAAGAGUGGGAUGCUCUAUAGUACGUCACAGCUUUUGUGUUUGAGCUACCUAUUUUGUGUUUUACUACUUAAGACAAGAGUACCAAAAUAAAGUAGUGUUUUGAAAUGCA